AUGACUACUCAGAAUCUCAACACCGGCCCCCUCCGCUCAUCCGGCCACAAAGAGCCAACCGAGGAGCACGCGACCGUCGCGCAGCUCAAGACCCGCGGGGACAAUGGCGAUCCCGAACAGCUGCUCCAGAACCGCCUGUUGAGCUCGGACCAGGUCGCCCGGGGUGCGCUGUAUGACCACGAUGACUUUGAGUGUGUCGCCGCGGGCGGGAAGGGCGGGAAGUUUGAUCUUGGAGCCGAGGAUGUCCGGAAGAUCUUCGACGGUCUCCUCACUUACUCCCGCGUCGACGAUCCCACCGCAGCAGGCGGAGCCGGUACUCCCCCAAAGCACAUCACGCUGGGCAACGAGGGCAAGGCGGAUGUCAAGAACGGAGAUGGGGAUAUGAUGCUUGCUGAGAAGGAUGGAAGGACCUUCAUUGCCGCUCGCACAGCCACCCUCAUCAUGAUCAUCGAAGGCGCCGAGAACGCCAACCAGGAGACACUGGUCGGGCUCGUCAAGUCCUUCCUUGAGGGAUUGCAGAUGUUGACGUGA